CAUCUUCCCCCAACCUUAGUAAACUCUACGCAACUCGUUGCCCAACUGUUUGCUUUGUUUAGGAAAUCGCAUGUUUCUACUGACACAGGCGCCUUCUCUGCCACGAAACCUCGUACGAGGAUUCUUUGAUUGCAGUUGUAGAUGCUGUUUGGUUUUUGCUGACAAAAAGGAAUGGUAUAAUACAUGGAGAGGAGUACCUAGUGAUGAAUAAUUUGUUUGUUGGAUAAGAUUCUUUCUGUGCUGUCUUCCUUCAAUUAUAAAUAACAGGUUUGCUACAGCAGCAUAAGUUAAGGUAUGGCUGGCUUGCUGGCGUCUAUGGAGACGAAGAAGCCAUACCUGGCGAUGAUAUUGAUACAGGUGAUCUCUGCUGGAAUGUCUUUGCUGUCUAAGGCAGCAAUCACAACAGGGAUGGAUCCUUACGUUUUUGUAGUCUAUCGCCAAGCAUUUGCUACACUUGCAUUGGCCCCUUUCGCCUUUUUCCUCGAGAGAGGCGACAAGUCUCCUCCGCUGGCAUUCGCCUUGUUCUGCAAGAUAGCCUUGGUUUCGACUGGGAUCGCGGUGAGCUUGAAUCUCUUCCACUUUGCCCUCAACUACGUCUCUGCAACGUUUGCUUCUGCAUUAGUCAACACGUGUCCGGCCAUGAUGUUCAUUUUAGCUCUCUGCUUCCGAAUAGAGAGGCUCUCAAUAAAACAAGGGCAUGGAAUGGCUAAAGUGGCUGGUUCUGCAUUAGGCUUUGCAGGUGCUCUGGUGUGCACUUUCGUGCAAGGGCCAGCCAUCUACCCAGAGAGCCACAAAGACUUCCUGCGCGCCUACAAGCAAAGCUACACGAGGGGCGACUGGAUAAAGGGCUCCCUCAUCAUUUUAGGAUCCAACGGGGCAUGGUGCAUGUGGUUCAUCAUGCAGGGCCCGUUGAUCAAGCUGUAUCCUUCCAAACUGCGCCUCACGGCUCUCCAAUGUCUCUCUAGCUGUGCAUUAUCAGCAGCAUGGGCUGCAGCAAAGCAAAGACACAGAGAGUCUUGGAGUCUUGGAUGGAACAUCAACCUUGUUUCAGUCUUUUACUGUGGGGCGAUUUCGACUGCAAUCUGUUACUGGCUGAUUGUUUGGGUGGUAGAGAAGAAAGGACCGGUGUUCGGGGCUGCCUUCUCGCCGUUAGCACUGAUCAUCACCGCGGUUUUCUCGGCCAUAUUGUUGCAGGAGACCCUUCACUGGGGAAGUGUUGGUGGAGCUGUUUUGUUAGUAAUAGGGCUCUAUGGCAUUCUGUGGGGGAAGUCUAAAGAAACCGAAAUAGCAGUAACCAAUCAAAACGAGGGAGCAGAGGAAACAGGCUUGGAAGACCACACAUGAUAAACAAACCCAAUUCUACUCUACGAAUUUUUAGUAGUAGAGUAUCAUAUUGUUGCCUUUGUUCUAACCAACAACUGGCCUUUCACUCUUUCUUGAAAGAUAUAUGGAAGUAGUAUAUCCAUGUUUCCCUUUUGCAAAAUAAAAAUUAAAAAAUAAAUAAAAGAGUAGUGAGUUUCGAAGUAAACUAAUUUCAUGUUGUAAUCAAUUGGUGGUUUGUCUCAAUAUUAAGUUCCACAUUAUAUUGACUGAAGAUAUUUUUUUGUCUUCAAA